AUGGACAGACCCCGCUUUACCCUGGAGACAUUUGAUGGCCGUAGAGAGGAUUUGAAUGCAGCCGCGAAGGAGGCAGCUGGGGAGGACCAUGGACGGCCACCCUUCGAGUCCCAAUUCCAACGAGAAGCCCCUUCCUUCAGCUCGGUUGGGGUGAAUUUGUUGCUUUUCCAAAGACCUAACAAACCGGGUGACUCAAAUCGCUUCAAGAUGCCCCGUAUUUUUAAAGCCGUGGCUGAAGGAGAUCCUGAACCACUCAAGGGCCUAAGUGAUUAUCUGCGGAAAACGUCCAACGUUCUCACCAACAAAAACUAUAUAGAUGAGAAGACAGGCAAGACCUGUUUGAUGAAGGCCUUGCUCCAUUUGAAAGACGGGAAGAACCCCACCAUCUCUGAGCUCUUGAAGAUAGACAAGGAGACCCAAGAACCAAAAUCAAACGAGUCUUUGGUAAACGCCGCUUGUACUGACCGCUACUACAAAGGCCAAACAGCUCUCCACAUCGCCAUUGAGAAGAAGAACUUAGAUCUUGUGAAGCUCCUGGUGGAGAAUAAGGCUGAUGUCCACAAUGCGGCUUCUGGUUUAUUGUUCCAGCAGGGCUACAAAGAGCUUCACUUUUAUUUCGGUGAAUUUCCUCUCUCCUUGGCUGCUUGUACCAACCAGUCAAAAGUGGUCAUGUACCUCUUGGAUAACCCUCACCAGAAGGCCAUGCUGGAUAAACAGGAUUCCAUGGGCAACACCGUCCUCCAUGCACUGGUGAUGGUGGCCAACGACACGAAGAAGAACACCAAGUUCGUGGUCAACAUGUACGACAAGAUCCUGAGGAAAGGGGCCGAGAUUGACCCUUCCUGCAAAUUGGAAACGAUUAAAAACAAGGAAAAGCUGACCCCUUUAACGCUGGCCGUCAAGACUGGGAAAGUCAAGAACCGGUACAAAAUCGUGGCCCUGGAGCCUUUGAACAAGCUACUUCAGCACAAGUGGGAAUUCUUCAUUAAAAAAAGGUUUCUCUUCAGUUCAUUCCUCUAUCUGACUUUCAUGGUGAUCUUCACAUGCACUGCUUACUACGGGCCACCAAAGGAUGAGCCUCUUGUUCCAACAACAGUGACAUUCCAGAACAUAUUAAGACUUCUUGGAGCUGUGAUUGUUUUAAUUGGUGGCAUUUAUCUCUUCGUUGCUCAGAGUGUUCAGUUCUGGAGAAGACGGUCCACUCUGAAAAGCCUUGCAAUGGACAGUUUCUUUGACAUACUCCUGUUUCUGCAGGCGCUCGCCAUCCUGGCCUCGUCCGUGAUGUUCGUUGCAAAGUUGGAAGAUUACGUGGUGCCCAUGGUGUUCGCCUUGUUUUUGGGCUGGGUGAACCUGCUCUACUACACCCGCGGUUUCCAGAAUUUGGGAAUCUCCAUCGUUAUGAUCCAGAAGGCUGUCUUGAGGGACCUUUGGCAUUUCCUGAUUGUGUAUGUCGUCCUCCUCUUUGGCUUUGCAGCAGCUCUCACCGUUCUCACCGGGGGCGCUUCCCACUCGGCCUACAACGCGUCUCUCCCGCUCAGCGAUGACUCUAAAGACCAGGCCGUGUAUUCGGGGCUACCUCAGACUGUCCUGCUGCUCUUCAGGAUCACCAUCGGCAUGGGCGACCUGGAAUACCAGGAGAACUUGAAGUACAGCAACAUUGCGAUGCUGUUGGUCCUCCUUUUUAUCAUCUUGACUUACAUCCUCUUGCUCAACAUGCUGAUUGCUCUGAUGAGCGAAACGGUCACCAAAGUCUCCGAUUACAGCCAGAGCGUCUGGCAGUUGCAGAGAGCCAUCGCUAUUCUGGAAAUGGAGAAAAACUGGAUCUGGUGGUGGAAGAAAUGCGAGAAAGGCAGCCGUUUCCUCACCAUCGGCCCUGAGGACAAGAAAGAUCAGAAUAGGUGGUUUUUUCGAGUAGAAGAGCUACACUGGAAAAAUUGGACUAAAAAAUCCGUCCUCCGAGAAGAACCCAUGGAAAUCAAGUCUCUGGACGAGACAUUAGUGUUCGAAAAAGGGAGCGUGGUGACCCAAGCUAUGCCCCGCGUGUCUUCUUCGGGGGAGCAGGAAGAAGAAAAGGAUGAGACGGUGGCGAUGAAGGACUUAGGGCCGCAGGAGGAGAGGAGUCGCCAGGAGGGAAGGACGAGUGAACAGAUUUGCUUAAUGGAGGACGACUGUUGAGUGCAUCUCCGUUAAAGCAGCAGAGAAGUUCCCUGUGGGGAUGAAAACCAGCACCUUCAGAGAUUUCUUUCUUUCUUUCCUUCCUUCCUUUCUUCCUUCCUUUCUCUCUUUCCUUUUCCUUUUUCUUUCUUUCAGCAGGGGGUUGGACUAGAAGACCUUCAAGGUCCCUUCCAGCUCUUAUUCUAUGUUCUAUGUUCUCUUUCUUUUUCUUUCA